GGGCGCGGCCGCCGCCUCCCGCCGUGGGUCGGGUCGCCGGAGCCCCGCGGCCUCGGGCUGCCUCGACCUCCCUGCGCGCGCCGGCCGCCCUGCGCUGGGCUGGAUGUGCAGAGAAAAGCCGGACACCAUGAUCCUAACGCAAAUCGAAGCUAAGGAAGCCUGUGACUGGCUGCGAGCAACGGGCUUCCCCCAGUACGCACAGCUUUAUGAAGAUCUGCUGUUCCCCAUUGAUGUUACCUCGGUCAAGAGAGAGCAUGACUUCUUGGACAGAGACGCCAUCGAGGCUUUAUGCAGGCGUCUCAAUACUUUAAACAAAUAUGCAGUGAUGAAGCUAGAAAUUAUCCCCCAUCGGAAGAAAAAAACGGAAGAGAGUGAGUAUAUAAGUAGUGAGGACUCGGAUGACGAUGAGCCGUGUGCAAUAAGUGGCAAGUGGACUUUCCAGAGGGACAGCAAGAGGUGGUCCCGGCUGGAAGAGUUUGAUGUCUUUUCUCCAAAGCAGGACCCAGUGCCUGGGUCCCCAGAUGGUUCCCAGCUCCAGAGCGCCGCCAGCCACGAGAGCAUGCUGACGGAUCUCAGCGAGCGCCAGGAGGUGUCUUCCGUGCAGAGCCUCGGCAGCACGGGCAGCCUCCCCAGCCAAGCGCCCCACGGCGGGGACACCGCCACCCCCCGGACCCACUCGGUCAUCAGCGUCUGCUCCUCUGGCAACUUCACUGGCAAUGAGGACUCUUUCUGCAGCCUGCCCUCUCCCAAGGAACUGUCCAGCUUCAGCUUUAGCAUGAAAGGCCAUGAGAAAAAUGCCAAGUCCAAGACGCGCAGUUUGCUGAAACGGAUGGAGAGCCUGAAGCUCAAGGGCCCCCACCACGGCAAGCACAAAGCGCCCUCGAAGCUGGGGCUGAUCAUCAGCGGGCCCAUCCUGCAGGAGGGCGUGGACGAGGAGAAGCUCAGGCAGCUGAACUGCGUGGAGAUCUCCACGCUCAACGGCAACCACAUCAACGUCCCCAUGGUACGCAAGAGGAGCGUCUCCAACUCCACACAGACCAGCAGUAGCAGCAGCCAGUCGGAGACCAGCAGCGCUGUCAGCACGCCCAGUCCGGUCACCAGGACCCGGAGCCUCAGUGCCUGCAGCAAGCGGGUGGGCAUGUAUUUGGAAGGCUUCGACCCCUUCAACCAGUCGACGUUUAACAGCGUGGUGGAGCAGAACUUCAGGAACCGCGAGAGCUACCCGGAGGACACCGUGUUCUACAUCCCUGAAGAUCACAAGCCGGGCACUUUCCCCAAGGCCCUCUCCAGUGGCAGUUUCUCUCCGUCAGGGAGUAACAGCUCUGUAAACUGGAGGACUGGAAGUUUCCAUGGCCCUGGCCACAUCAGCCUAAGGAGGGAAAACAGCAGCGACCUCCCCAAGGAGCUUAAGAGACGCAACUCCUCCAGCUCCGUGAGCAGCCGCCUGAGCAUCUACGACAACGUGCCGGGCUCCAUCCUCUACUCCAGUUCGGGUGACCUGGCCGACCUGGAGAAUGAGGACAUCUUCCCAGAGCUGGACGACAUCCUCUACCACGUGAAGGGGAUGCAGCGGAUAGUCAACCAGUGGUCAGAAAAGUUUUCAGACGAGGGAGACUCCGACUCGGCCCUGGACUCGCUCUCCCCCUGUCCAUCCUCUCCCAAACAGAUCCACCUGGACGUGGACAAUGGCCGAGCCACGCCCAGUGACCUUGACAGCACGGGCCACUCCCUGAACGAAGCAGAGGAGCUCACAGACAUCCCGGAGAGAAGGGACUCGGGAGUCGGGGCCUCCCUGACCAGGUCCAGCAGGCACAGGCUGAGAUGGCACAGCUUCCAGAGCUCGCACCGGCCGAGCCUCAGUUCGGCAUCGCUGCAGAUCAGCUGCCAGUCGGUCGCGCAGAUGAACCUGCUUCAGAAGUACUCCCUGCUGAAGCUGACCGCCCUGCUGGAGAAGUACACGCCGUCCAACAAGCACGGCUUCAGCUGGGCGGUGCCCAAGUUCAUGAAAAGGAUCAAGGUUCCAGACUACAAGGACCGGAGCGUGUUUGGGGUCCCGCUGACGGUCAACGUGCAGCGCACGGGACAGCCGCUGCCCCAGAGCAUCCAGCAAGCCAUGCGCUACCUCCGCAACCACUGUCUGGAUCAGGUCGGNNNNUUCCGAAAGUCGGGGGUCAGGUCCCGGAUUCAGGCUCUGCGUCAGAUGAAUGAGAGUGCCGCGGACGGCGUCAGCUAUGACGGACAGUCCGCGUACGACGUGGCGGACAUGCUGAAGCAGUAUUUCCGAGAUCUGCCCGAGCCGCUGAUGACAAACAAGCUCUCGGAAACCUUCCUGCAGAUCUACCAGUAUGUGCCCAAGGAGCAGCGCCUGCAGGCGAUCAAGGCUGCCAUCAUGCUGCUGCCCGACGAGAACCGAGAGGUGCUCCAGACGCUGCUCUACUUCCUGAGCGACGUCACGGCAGCCGUCAAAGAGAACCAGAUGACGCCGACCAACCUGGCCGUGUGUCUGGCGCCAUCCCUCUUCCACCUCAACACCCUGAAGAGAGAGAACUCCUCUCCGAGGGUAAUGCAAAGAAAACAAAGUUUGGGCAAACCGGAUCAGAAAGAUUUAAACGAAAACCUAGCUGCCACUCAGGGGCUGGCCCACAUGAUUGCUGAAUGCAAGAAGCUCUUCCAGGUUCCUGAGGAAAUGAGCCGGUGUCGGAAUUCCUACACAGAGCAGGAGCUGAAGCCCCUCUCUCUGGAAGCACUGGGACGCCUAAGCAAGGGCGAGUCUGCUGACUACCAGCACUUCCUCCAGGACUGUGUAGACGGCUUGUUUAAGGAGGUCAAGGAGAAGUUUAAAGGCUGGGUCAGCUAUUCCACUUCUGAGCAGGCCGAGCUGUCCUACAAGAAGGUGAGCGAAGGACCCCCUCUGAGGCUCUGGAGGUCGACCAUCGAAGUCCCUGCCAUGCCGGAGGAGAUCUUAAAGCGCCUGCUUAAAGAGCAGCACCUCUGGGACGUGGACCUGCUGGAUUCCAAAGUGAUCGAAAUCCUGGACAGCCAAACUGAAAUUUACCAGUAUGUCCAGAACAGCAUGGCGCCCCACCCUGCGCGCGACUACGUGGUUCUGAGAACAUGGCGGACGAAUUUACCCAAGGGAGCCUGUGCCCUUCUGCUCACCUCAGUGGAUCACGACCGGGCGCCUGUGGUGGGUGUGAGGGUGAACGUGCUCUUGUCCAGGUAUUUGAUCGAACCCUGUGGGUCAGGAAGGUCGAAGCUCACCUACAUGUGCAGAGCUGAUUUAAGAGGCCACAUGCCGGAGUGGUACACAAAGUCGUUUGGACAUCUGUGUGCAGCGGAAGUUGUGAAAAUCCGAGACUCCUUCAGUCAUCAGCAUUCUGAAUGCAGAGACUCGAAGUCCAGGUGACUGCUGAAGCAGACCCUCCGGGUCCACCGGCUGGUUGUGCAUUUCCUCACCUGGCCAGUUCUUGGAAGAAUGGGUCCUUUCCUCCAUCUGCAAUGGAACAAGUUGGGGUGUAGAAAUUGACUGUAGUGAUUUGAUACAUUUUUAAAGCUGCUUCCUGUUUGUUUAAGGUCUAUGUUGUAGACCUUGACUGGAAUAUGUAGGACUGUGCAAAAAAAAAUGUAUUCUUUUUCAAGUUGCUUCUGAGAAGCAAAGCUCCUUACAUACGUUUCAGGAGAGAGUGAAGAUACUUCGUGCUCUUGCGACCGCGGUGUAGGUGUGCCUACAUCAUUUUCUUGCAGCGUGCUAAGGACGGGUGUAUCCACUGGAAUAGUUGGUACUCUGGCAUGUUUCCUCACUGAGAUGAGCAGAGAAAGGUUUGCACAGAGGAGUGUGAGUGUGUGUCUGUUGCUGAUUGAAUGGCAUAGGUGGAGAAGUUGGAACGCAGUGUCUGGCACACUGAGAGCCUCCAGGAAGGAUAUCGAUGCUCGGGUUUAGUUUAACCUGGAAUAUCUGACUACCCAGGGGUCCAUCCAGAAGGGGCACCUGACACCCUGCUCCACUGAUUGUAUUUCUCCAAGUAAUUAGGCAUAUCCCUUUUCUACCAACCUCUUCAUCGUAAAAGUAAUUGUAAUAGAUUGAGUCUGUUACCAGUUUCAAGUGCAGUUUGUUUUAGACCUGACCGCAGUGAGCAGUUUUGUGAUUUUAACCAAUAAGGACUAGUUCCGAGAUGAAAUUGCCUCCCCAUCCUGCCCUCACUGGCUCCAAGCACAGGCUUGUGUUUUUGGGGGGUUUGUUUUAUUUUUCAAAGUUGAGAUGUGAAAACUGAACACGCUAAUAUUUACUCCUGAGUCGGGCAUCAAAGUGUUUUACCUGUUAAAAUGCUUUACAUUUUUGUGUUUAUAACAGAGACGUCUUUAAGGCACUGUGUGUGGGUACAUAGGAAACUCUGGGUAUCCCAAGAAAGUCCCUGUGAAGGGAACCUAGCCACAGAGGCGUUUUGACCAGGGGUGGGUGGGGAGCUGUUGCUAUUAACAGCAUUCCUGAAACUGCACAUAUUUAGUCAUUGGGUUUGUCCUAUCAGCAAAUAGGUAUUUUGGGUUUUACAACUUUUCGUUUUUUCUCCCACCUUUUUCUUUUCCUUGAAAUCUGUUUUACUGGUAAUGGAAAAAUAGUCAUUGUAGUAAAACAAACAAAUAAAAACCGGCACAGGUUUUUGGGAAGGGUGGUCUUUAUACAGGUUUUACUGUAAUGGCGAAGAGUAAAUCGAGAGACAGUAUUAGUAAAUUUGUUUUGUGUGGAUCCCAAGUGAAUAGUGUGUGUGAGAGCUGUCAGAAGGAUUUUUAUUCUGUUAUAAGAUAAUGUAGUUACCAUUGUCAGUGUUAGUUCAGAGGUUCUUUGAAGAAGUUGGGGGGGGGGUCAAAUUAGAGUUUUCAAUGUUGAGUAUUUUGGAUAUCAGUGUUCCACAUGGAGAUAGAGUUGUAUAUUCCAUUUUGAUGGCUUCCAGGUUUGUAAGGUUGUGUGUUUUAUAUGCCAGUCUAUUAAGAAACAUGUACACACGUCCACUGUGCUUUUGAACAUAGAUAAAGCAUGAGAAAGAGUAUUAUUUAAAAUAUACUUGUAUUUAUACCUCAGAUAUUCUUUUGGGUUUUGUACCUCAACCUCCCCUGCCCCCUGUUGUAAAUACACUUUACCUGAAUACAGUCUAAGUGAAAAAAAAAUAAAUAAAUAAAAGAGGUUUAUAACUUGCUCUAUAUCUGUACAGAAUAUAAUCAGUAAGUGCACUAUUAAAUGUUUAACAUGA